AUGAUGAGCGCGGCAUCAUUCGCGAAUCCCAUCGGCGGCCGCCCGCCGCAGUACCGUACUCCGUCCCCUCCUCUCCGCGCUGUCGAACCUAUCACUCCAUCCACAACCGCCGAUUUAAACUCCUCUUGGGCCAGCCGCGGCCCUCCCCGAGCUGCCAGUCUUGAUCGCGACCAGCGUCCUUCGAAUCACAAUCGACAUGUUGCCGCAGAAAAUGGCUCGAACCAACGAUCGGGCCAUGGCCGCUCAAGCUCGACUAUCGACACACUUGCGACGAUCGCCCUCGCAACGAGUCCAACCUUCGCAUCACUCCCUCUCAACCCGCCUUCCCCCAACCUUCGAUCGACAAUACCCUUAUUUCCACCCGAUUCCGCGGAGUCUGAACGACCAGCCAAGCGGGCACGGUCGGCGAGACAUCCCUCACCCUACCGCCCGGGCCCAGGAAUGCUGACGGAGAACCCACACCCAGCUGGGCUUGAAAGCAUGACAACUGAUGCAGAGCUUUUACUCAAUCUCGCGCGACCUACCAAUUUUCACCCGAGUAACCACCCAAAACGAGUCAGCAUCGACGAGACCUUCCACCACUACGCAGGCGACGCGAUUCGUCAAGCUCGGGUCGGGUUUUCUGCCGUUGGACAUCCAGGCCAGGGGGAUGUCAAGAUGAGCCACAAUUCUGAGGAUGUACCUUAUGCCCGCAUGCGCUCUCGCUCUGACGGGUCGGCCUUCAUGUCCCGCCCUGCUGUUCGUGGAAUCCGCCCAACUACUAGCUCUGGCACUCACCCACCAAUUGUUUGGGAGGACGAACUCGAAGGCAAAACCUUGCAUCCACCAGCCGAUACGCCUCAUCAUACUGCUUACGGGAUCCAUCCUUCGGCGGAUUCCCAGGAACCCCAAUUCUCGCAGAAAUCCCUGCCAAUUCCACCAAAGACGAAGGAGGAAGAGAGUGAUAUCAAUCAAGCAAGCUGCGGAGCAUGCCAUCUAGUGCGAAUCCCAGUUGAGACCGAGGAACAGGACGAAGACACAUGGAUCAGUUGCGAUGGAUGCAAACGGUGGUUUCAUAUCGUCUGCGCGGGCUUUAAGAAUGAUCGAGAGGUCCGCACAGUCGACAAGUUCAUCUGCCGGCAAUGUCGAUCAGUUUACGGUCAAACAACUUUUGUGCGCAAAUCCUCGCGCGCCCGAACAGCCAUUGACUACGCAGGCCUGAACCAAGGCCUCGUCAAAGCUGCCACUGACUCGUUGGAACAUCACUAUCUCGAGCCCAUUCGUCAAGGAAAGAUCCGAUUUCAGCCCGAAAAUUUCCCUCGAAUGAAGCCUGAGCUGGUCACAGCGGAAUACUUCGAACGAGGAAAUGGGUGGACGGAGCCUAUUGUUAUACCUGCCUGCUGGAACUCCCGCGAGCCUGUUUUCUCGGACCAUCCAGAGUUCGAAUCUCUAGUACAGGAGGCUUCGUCUCAAGAGAUGUUCGAUGACCUUCUUGAGAACCACCCAGAACAAGAGACUUGUAUUGAAGAAACAGUCGAUUUUGGUCAAGACCUCUUGGGUAUGGUCAUUCCGCGAGGUCUCACUGUCCGUGCUGUGGCAGAGCUUUACGGACCCGAUGAACGAGUCGAAGUGAUCGAUGUCAAGUCUCAGCAAGGGGAGGACAAGAGGUGGAACAUGCAGAAAUGGGCCGAUUACUACGAAAGUAAUGAGCAGGACAAGCCUGUUAGGAAUGUCAUCAGCCUGGAGGUAUCGCAGAGCAAACUUGGCAGACUUAUCCGGCGACCGAAGGUCGUGCGUGACUUGGAUCUGCAAGAUGCGGUGUGGCCAGAGGAACUGAAAGCAAUUGGCGAAUAUCCCAAAGUCCAGUUCUACUGCCUGAUGUCUGUUGCUGAUUGCUAUACCGACUUUCACAUCGAUUUCGGCGGGUCUUCGGUGUACUACCAUAUCCUCAAGGGCAAGAAGACCUUCUUCUUCAUUCCCCCAAAAGACAAACAUCUUAAGAAGUACGAGGAGUGGUGCAACUCUCCUGCCCAGGACUCGAUUUUCCUUGGAAACCAGACCAAGGAAUGCUACCGCGUGGAUCUCUCGGAGGGAGAUACCAUGCUCAUUCCGUCCGGCUGGAUUCAUGCAGUUUGGACACCGGAAAAUAGUUUGGUUAUCGGUGGCAACUUCUUGACCAAGCUGAAUUACGGGAUGCAAAUCAAGAUCCUCAAUAUCGAAAAGGAGACCAAAGUCCCUAAGAAGUUCCGAUAUCCUUUCUUCCAAAAGAUCCAGUGGUAUACGGCUCAAAAGUAUCUGGAGGAUGACCCCGUCCCGCAAAAUGUGAUGGAAGCAUUCAUGCAGGAUGAGAAUUAUCGAUUCCACCGUCAUUAUCCAAUUUAUUACGAGUUUGGAGAACGUGCCAACCAGGAACCCCCAGGUUCUCCCCAUCACAAUGCACGUUUUUAUUCACAGGCGGAAUUGGAGGGCCUACUUGAGUUGACUAAGUAUUUGCUACGGACCGCACUCAUCGCGGGUGGCUAUACCGUUGAUGGAGUCGUCUCAAUGGACGUUCGAAACGCAGUCAGACGCUCCAUUCCCAAAAUCACGGGAGAUCCCGUGGACAUGAUCAGAAAAUUCGGAAUUUGGGUCGCCUGGAAACGUGGUAACGAAAAGGCACCCCUCUGGACUCGACCUGGCGUCAUAGAAAGCAACCCCAAGGUUUCCAUUGCAGAUAAAAAGCCGGCAGGACGACCGAGCCGCCGAUCCGAGCGCAAUGCCGAUAACCAGCGCACCUAUGCAGAAAGACAAGCGGUCCAGUGGCCUUCAGAAGAGGCCCCUACAACCCCGAACCUCCCAGCCAGCGGCCUUGCUUAUGCACAGUCUGAUGGAAGUGCAACACCAGUGUCAUUCAGUGUUGCUCCAGAAUCGAGUAUCAAAGAUAUCGCCACACCCAAGCCCCGGGCUAUGCAACGAGCCUCGGGUCUUGGCCCCAAGCGAGUUGCGUGUGACGCCUGUCGCAAACGGCGCAUUCGAUGCCGACACAAAGAUGAACCUGGUGAUCUAGUGCUCAACGGGCAAGUCGCAGUCAAUGCCUUCACACCUGGCUCCGGGGUGAGCACGCCCUCCUCAUUGGCCCAGGAUGCUGUCUCUGCCUUGAAUUCUUUGGCGGCGAUUGCGUCACAAACCGGGUUCCAAAACAAUGGACAUCUUGUUGAUCUGGAACGAUUCGAGAGCUCUGCAAGAUUCCAAUCUGCGGUCAUGGGCAAUUCUACAAUAGCCGCCAAUCGUCUCAUCGAUAUGAGCCCUGACGGAACGAAUGGAGGGAAAAAGGGGCGCAGCAAAGCGUGUGACGAUUGCCGGAAGAGCAAGCGCCGUUGCAUUCACGAUGAGUACGGUCGGAUCGAUCCAAUUAAGGCUCAAGAGCGCUCUAAACCUCGUGCGAAUGCUUCGGCCAAACGAGCACGCCUUGCUGAAGAAGAUGACGUGCCUGUUACAGUCAAAAAAGCGAAGCAGGAGAGCACAUCACCUAUGACGCAGCCUGCAGUAUUCUUCGAUCACGAUGGCGAUGAGUUGAUGACGCAAGGUGAUCUAAUAGAUGCUUAUGAUCAUGAGCCUCUCAGUCAAAUUGAGCCAGGUAAGCAUCUACCAGUGGCAGAUGAGGCACCUCAAAAUCAACCUCUGUACGCAUCACCACCACCUGCUUUCCAGACCGAGUCUGCGGAUGCAAAGGAUCUCAAUCCCGUGCCUGUGCCUUCGUCUAAGCCAAACACCUCCUUGGUGUCGCCGCCUACGUCGCUGGCCGACGAGAUGGAUGGGGUCCAAGAGGGAGAUGCCGUACAGUCUGUGGAAGGGGAAGUGUCCAUUGCUCUCCACACACCAAACUCUAGCUCUCGACACUCGUCUCGCCAACCUCGACACGUCGAUCGGUUUGCGCCCGAUGCAAGUACAGCCCGGGCUCCGAAGUCAGCGGCACGAGCCACGUCUUCGACCAUCGGGGAUCGCAAGACCACUCCUGUUCCAGCCUCAACAAGAAAGCCUUCAUCGCGCCCCUCGUCUUCACACGCGAAAAAGAGUUCUCCGAUGUAUGAAAAACACUUCCAUCGUCACGCCCCUACAUCACUAUCUCCGCAUCAGCACAAGCAUACUCAUCACAUCACUGGAGACGAAGGUGCAGACGAGGAAAGUCUUCGUUUGAUACGAGAGCUACAAGAACAAGAAUUUGGUCUGCGGAAACGAUCGACAAGAGUUUAG